GGGGCUGUCCGCGGACGCGCCUGACUCAGCUUACCUGUGGCCCGUCCGGAUGGUCUCCCGACCCGGCCUGCGCUGCGGCCUGGCCCUCGGGCCUCGAGAAUUCCGCCGCGGGCCUCGGGCCGCGGGGUAACGAGGAGAAGUCGCGGCAGGCGGUGGCGAGGGCCGCCCCGAACGGAGGCGUAGGCGCUGAUCCCGCUCCAACAUGGCGGCGGCCGCGCGCGGUGCGGUGCGCCUCCCGGGUCUGUGCGGCCGGCCGGCGGGUCAUUUAUGGUCCAGACCGCUUUCCCUAAACACCCUUCCAGCAGUUUCUAUUUUGGCCUUGAAGACUGGUCUCAGCAGUGGCCCUUUGUCAUCGCUGGGAACGAGAGACAACCGUCAUUAUACCAGCUUGAGCUAUGCGCUGCAAACACAAUGCUAUAUUUCUUCCCCGAGUAACUGGAUGGCUCAACAGUAUAGACCGUAUAGUUUCUUCACUAAAUUGACGGCUGAUGAGCUGUGGAAAGGUGCUUUGGCAGAGACUGGUGCUGGUGCAAGAAAAGGAAGAGGCAAAAGAACUAAAAAAAAGAAAAGAAAGAAUUUGAACAGGGGUCAGAUCAUUGGUGAAGGGCGCUAUGGUUUUUUGUGGCCUGGUCUGAAUGUCCCCAUUAUGAAAAACGGCGCAGUGCAGACCAUUGCCCAAAGGAGCAAGGAAGAGCAGGAGAAGGUGGAGGCCGACAUGAUCCAGCAGAGAGAAGAAUGGGAACGGAAGAGGAAGAUGAAGGUUAAGCGGGAGCGAGGAUGGAGUGGAAACACGUGGGGAGGCGUCAGUCUUGGCCCCCCAGAUCCUGGUCCCAAUGGAGAGACAUAUGACGAUUUUGAUACAAGGAUACUUGAGGUAAGAAAUGUUUUUAAUAUGACAGCAAAGGAGGGAAGAAAGAGAUCUGUCCGUGUCCUGGUCGCUGUGGGGAAUGGAAAAGGAGCCGCAGGUUUUGCCAUUGGGAAAGCCACUGAACGGAUAGAUGCUUUCAGAAAAGCAAAGAACAAAGCAAUUCACUAUUUGCACUACAUAGAACGAUAUGAAGACCAUACAAUAUUCCAUGAUAUUUCUUUAAGAUUUAAAAGGACACAUAUCAAGAUGAAGAAACAACCCAGAGGUUAUGGCCUCCGGUGCCACAGGGCCAUCAUCACCAUCUGCCGGCUCAUUGGCAUCAAAGACAUGUAUGCCAAGGUCUCUGGGUCUGUCAACAUGCUCAACCUCACCCGGGGCCUCUUCCAUGGGCUCUCCCACCAGGAAACCCAUCAACAGCUGGCUGAUAAGAAGUGUCUCCAUGUUGUAGAAUUCCGGGAGGAAUGUGGUCCUCUGCCCAUCGUGGUUGCCUCUCCCCAGGGAGCCUUGAGAAAGGAUCCUGAACCAGAAGAUGAGGUUCCAGACACCAAACUGGACUGGGAAGAAGUGAAGGCUGCGCAGGGAAUGAAGCGAUCCGUGUGGUCGAAUUUAAAGAGAGCUGCCACAUGACCUUCUCUCUGGCAUUGUACAGCCAGUACCUGGUGCUGUCCAGCACCUAGAAGAGACUCAACCCCUCAUACCUGGGGUAUUGCCUUUUUUUUUUUUUUAAGGAAAGUCCAACCAUAACUCCUUUGUUUACAAAUAAAUAAUUAUAGCUCUCA